UUUCCCCGCGUGUACAUGUGUGGGACAGACGAGUAUCUGCGACUGUUGACGCGUAGUAUUGAAGUGCAGUGGCUAAAUGAACUGUGUUUGUUAUAAGGAACUGCUGAGAAUACCUCCAUUGUGACUGUGUAUCCGGAUCGUGUCUUCGGAGAUGGUUAUCCUCCCCUCAUUUGCCUGGCAGCACCAGCAGUCGCGCGGACAUGGCAGAGGGUGGCGUGGCGACUCCCGACUGGGACAUCAACGACGCGGUGGUGCCUCGCGUGGCCGCCUUCGACACCUUCGGGGAGUGGUGUGACGGCCACGUGCGGCGGGUGUACCCCCCCGGCUGCGAGGAAGCACGCCGCCAUGCCUCAGGCUGGGCCAUGCGCAACACUAACAAUCACAACGUCCACAUCCUCAAGAAGAGCUGUCUUGGAGUCCUCGUAUGCUCCCAACGCUGCCGCCUGCCCGAUGGCUCCAGAGUCCAUCUUCGACCCGCAAUCUGUGACAAGGCCCGCAAAAAACAGCAGGGCAAGCCUUGUCCAAACCGCCUUUGUAACGGAGGACGAUUAGAAGUACUGCCGUGUCGAGGACAUUGCGGCUACCCAGUCACUCACUUCUGGCGUCACACAGAACACGCAAUUUUCUUCCAAGCCAAGGGGGCGCACGACCACCCGCGCCCCGAGGCCAAGGGAGCCAGUGAAGUGCGACGGUCACUGGGAGCCGGGCGACGGGUGAGGGGACUGGCGUUACUACUAGCCAGAGAAGCAGCCAUCGCAGAUAAGAUACUGACAGGGAAACCAGACAAACAGAUGACACACAAAGUGUGCAACCCACAUCCACAGCCCCCGCCGCUGAUACCAGACAACCAAAGAGCAGUUCAACUGACGUGCACGUGUGGCCCAUUCGAAUGUUCGUGUCGGUGGCGUCCCGAGCAGCCUGCGGAGAACUAUGUAACGGCGGCGUGGUCCCCGGCGGAGCCCCAGUACCAGGGCUACGCCCCGCCCGCACACCCCGCGCCCCCCGCGCCCGCGCUGCAAACACAGCAGCACUACGACCCAACCGCUUUACCGGCCGACGACAUCUUCCACCCAGAAGAGAUAUUCCAAUUAGAUCAGCCGAUUAGACUGGACUUCCCUCUCGAAGAGCACACGCUAGAGUCUCCGCCGACGUUCGCAGAUCUCAAUGGCGAAAACUCCAGGCCUGAAGAAGCUUACUGGAUGGAUUGGCAGCGACCUGCAGGUAGUUCUGAGUCGAGUCAGACGCCAUCACCCGAACUGUUUGGAGGAUAUCCCCAGACGGAGUUCUGUGAGCAGGGUUACAUCCCUCAAGCGUAUUACCCUGAGGGUGCUCAGUACUAUCCAACGGAGAGAACGUCCCCAUUGAUGGAGACGCAGGACCAAAGAUAUUACCGCUACGGACAGGACUGCGCGCAGACCAACGUCCCAGACCUGCAGUCCUGGAACUACACCGACUGCGCCUUCACAAAUGAUAUGUCCGAGUGUAAGCAGUACUUUGAUGUUCAACAUCAGAGUGUCAACGGAUUCACCGGACUCUUAUAAUAGUAAUUGUGUAAAUAGUUGUGUACAAUGAUGUAAAUAUUCAGUGUAAGUUACUCUAAGUUGUUAAUUUGUUUUUAAAGUACAUCAAAUAUGUAUAUAGCUAGUUAUAUCAUAAGCAUUAUGUUCCUAAAAUGGUUUUAACGAAAUU